AUGGAGGACGAUCGGGAAACAGUGCGACUCUGGCGAGUCAACCGCACCAUCCACGAGCUUGUGCGUGAUAGAGGCUACCAAGUUGCCGACGACGAAAUCUCGAUCGACCUCGAGACGUUCAAAGCCGAAUACGCACCCACCGGAGGCUCUGUGGAUCGAACCAAGCUCAACUUCUUCACCGAGCACUCUGAACACGAAAACCAGCGACUCUUCGUCUUCUACUCUCUGGAACGAAGCGUAGGAGUGAAGACCAUGCGACAGUUCAUCUCGAUCAUGGAGGAGCGAGACAUCCAACGCGGGAUCAUCAUCUGGCCCGAAAAGAUGACCUCGGCCGCGAGGAAAGUCAUCGACGCCAUGCGUGGCACUUUCCACCUGGAGGACUUCGAGGAGGCAUUCCUGUUAGUCAACAUCACCCACCACCACCUGGUGCCAAAACACGAACCGCUGUAUCCGGAGGAGAAGAAGGAUCUGCUGCAAAGGUACAGGUUGAAGGAAACGCAGCUGCCGAGAAUCCAACAGGCAGAUCCGGUGGCGAGGUACUUUGGAUUGCAGAGAGGUCAGGUGGUCAAGAUCAUCCGACCGAGUGAGACGAGUGGUAGGUACUGCUCGUACAGGAUCUGCAUGUGA